CAGAUGAGCUUUUCGUAUAAAAAGACAUUUAGCAGCAGCAGUGGAAACAUUCGGUCCAGCCUAGAGUCCAUUAUGAGGGGUCUGGUGUUCCUGCUCUUGGUGGCUUUGGCCAGCGCUAAAGUCUACGAGCGCUGUGAAUGGGCCCGACUGCUUAAAGCUAAUGGGAUGGAUGGCUACCAUGGCAACAGCCUAGCAGACUGGGUUUGUCUGAGCCAGUGGGAGUCGGGUUACAGCACCACAGUCACCAACCAUAACCGAGAUGGAUCAACUGACUACGGCAUCUUCCAGAUCAACAGCCGCUGGUGGUGUGAGGACGGCCACACCUCUCGCUCAGCGAACGCAUGCAGCAUCAGUUGCAGCGAGCUUCUGACCGAUGAUGUCAGCAAGGCGAUCAAUUGUGCCAAACGUGUCGUUAGGGAUCCCAACGGCAUCAGAGCCUGGGUGGCCUGGCGCCUUCACUGCGAGGGCCGUGACCUGAGCUCCUACGUGGCAGGAUGUGGUGUUUAAUCAACAAACCAGGGCGCUGUCAUCGACAUAAUAGUCUCCCAUCUUCUGCUGCAGUGGAUUAAAGCUUUUCUACUGUUUGUUUGUUU